UGAUAUGUAAAGUCGUCGCCUUCCUUCCCUCCUUCCUCUAAUAGUCACAUCUCUCUCCUCUCCCGAUCCAGAUCCAUUCCUCUCUUCCUCGAUCUGGUCAAACACAACACAAACAAUGUCAUCCUCCUCCUCCUCCACCUACGCCACGAGCAGCCUCGUCAUAGGCUACGCACUCUGCUCCAGCCUCCUCGCCGUCAUCAACAAGUUCGCCAUCACCUAUUUCAACUACCCCGCCCUCCUCACCUCCCUCCAAUACCUAACCUCCACCCUCGGCGUCUACCUCCUCGGAAAGCUAGGGCUCCUCCACCACGACGCCUUCACGUGGGACACAGCCAAGAAGUUCCUCCCCGCAGCCGUCGUAUUCUACCUAGCGAUAUUCACCAACACGAACCUUCUACGUCACGCUAACGUCGAUACCUUCAUCGUGUUUCGAUCUUUAACGCCGUUACUCGUCGCGAUCGCGGAUACCGUUUUCCGUUCCCAGCCGAGGCCUUCGAAACUCACGUUUUGUUCGUUGCUAGUGAUCCUCGCGGGCGCGGUUGGUUACGUGGCGAAUGACUCUGCUUUUACGUUAACGGCUUAUUCUUGGGCCUUGGCUUAUCUCGUUACGAUUACGACCGAGAUGGUUUAUAUUAAACAUAUGGUUUCGAGUCUUGAAUUGAAUACUUGGGGGUUUGUUUUGUAUAAUAAUCUAUUGUCGUUGAUGAUUGCGCCGAUCUUUUGGUUUCUAACGGGGGAGUACACGGAUGUUUUCACGGCGGUUAAUGCUAACGGAGGGAGUUUGUUUGAGCCGGUUGCGUUUUUCGCGGUCGCGUUGUCUUGUGUGUUUGGGUUUCUCAUUAGUUUCUUUGGGUUUGCUGCUAGGCAGGCUAUCUCCGCGACGGCUUUUACUGUGACUGGGGUUGUUAACAAGUUUUUGACUGUGGUGAUUAAUGUUUUGAUUUGGGAUAAGCAUGCGAGUCCUGUUGGGUUGGUUUGUCUUCUUGUUACGAUCUGUGGUGGUAUUGGUUAUCAGCAGUCUGUGACUGUGGCUAAGAAACCGAGUGAUGGUGUGUCUCAAGUGAUGAACGAUGGUGAGAAGGUUGAUGAAGAGUCGGUGGAGUUGAUUCCGGGGAAAGUGGCUACUAAUGUAUGAGAUCGAGAGGUUCUGUUUUGUAACAGAGGUUUAGCAUUUCAAUAUUCUACAUUUGAAGAGGUUUUGUUCUAGUGACUUUGUAUGGUUUCUAGCCUCUUAUAGUAUCAUUUUUGUAAACCUGUUACUCUCAUUUUGCUAUCCAUUAAUACAAACUAGACUUUGACCCGCGCGCCUGCGCGGAUAUAUUAUUAUUUUGUAAACUUCAAAUUUAAUUAAAAUGUAUAUAUA